GUCGGUUUAUAGAACUUUCUUGGAAGCAAGAUAAAAUUCUGGGUAGUUGGUCAUUCCUGAAUCUCGCUUCAAUAUUGACUGUCAAUCCACCUGGGAAGAUCAUCAAACACAGCGCGCCCAAAUUUUGCCCUGAUUAUCUUCAGCUUCUUCUCCCUUGAUUACGCGCAUUCUCAUUAAACUGCAUUUGGAUUAAAAAAUCACCUUAUUUGAACUAAAUACAUUUCGUAUGAAUCGGAAUUGCUCAUUCUGAAAUAGGUCAACUUCACACGCAUCUGGAUGUUAAAAACUGCGCGUAGAUUGAUUGGAUCAGGUGAAGGAGAAGUGGGCAGGGGGGCGGAGAUUGAUCGGAUCGGGUGAAGGAGAAGUGGGAAGGGGGCGGAGAUGAUGGAUGCGGUGUCGGUCAGGGUGCCGUAUAAGAAUUUAAAGCAGGAAGUGGAGCUGGUAGGGGUAGAUGAGCUUCAUCUGCGUCGGUUGCAGGUUGAUUCGCCAUCGUCACCUCCUAGGGAUUCCAAUGGCGACUCCACGGAUUCGAAUUCUCACCACCCGCCUGCAAACAGCAACCUGCUCACCCUGAUCCUCAGUUGUACAGUUGCCGCCGGCGUCCAGUUUGGCUGGGCGCUACAACUUUCUCUCCUCACCCCUUAUAUUCAGACUCUUGGAAUACAACACGCCUUCUCUUCCUUUAUUUGGCUAUGUGGCCCAAUUACAGGUCUUGUGGUGCAACCUUGUGUUGGAAUAUGGAGUGAUAAGUGCUCCUCCAAAUAUGGCAGAAGACGACCUUUCAUAUUUGUUGGAUCUCUCAUGAUAUCCUUGGCUGUCAUAAUAAUUGGAUUUUCUGCAGACAUAGGAUACAUUUUAGGUGACACGCAAGAGCACUGCAGCACUUUCAAAGGUACUCGCACAAGGGCUGCUAUUGUGUUCAUUAUUGGAUUUUGGCUGUUGGAUCUUGCAAACAAUACUGUGCAGGGCCCAGCACGAGCUCUAUUGGCUGAUUUAUCAGGUCCUGAGCAGAGAAAUACUUCAAAUGCUAUAUUUUGCUCCUGGAUGGCUGUUGGAAAUAUACUAGGAUUUUCGGCAGGCGCCAGUGGAAAUUGGCAUAGAUGGUUUCCUUUUCUGAUGAGCAGAGCUUGCUGUGAGCCAUGUGGGGACCUCAAGGCAGCAUUUUUAGUAGCCGUGGUGUUCCUGGCUCUGUGUACUCUAAUUACUCUCUACUUUGCAAAGGAAGUUCCACUGGCAGCCAUGCAGUUUCACCGGCUAUCAGAUUCUUCUCCUCUCUUGGAUAGUCCACCUGAUACUGGAUUUGACAUUUCACAACCAAAAAGUGAUAUGCAGCCCAUCAACAUGGUAUCCGUUAACAAGUCUGAGAAUGGUUAUAUGGAUAAUAACAAUACUAUUCUGAAAAAUGAAGAUCGAACGGUAGGGAAUGAUCCAGCUGAUAGCUUUAAUGACAGUCCAGCAGCAGUUCUGGUUAAUUUGUUGACCAGCUUAAGACAUCUGCCUCCGGCUAUGCAUUCAGUACUUGCUGUCAUGGCAUUGACGUGGUUGUCUUGGUUUCCCUUUUUCCUUUUUGACACUGAUUGGAUGGGAAGAGAAGUCUAUCAUGGAGAUCCAAAUGGAGAUGUUUCUGAAGUAAAAGCUUAUAACCAAGGUGUCAGAGAAGGGGCAUUUGGUUUGCUAUUGAAUUCUGUUGUUCUUGGCUUAACAUCUUUCCUUAUUGAUCCAAUGUGCCAGUGGAUUGGUGCAAGACUGGUUUGGGCUAUUAGCAAUUUUAUGGUGUUUGUCUGCAUGGCAGGGACUACCAUAAUUAGCAUUGUUUCACUCAGUGAAUCCUCAAACGGAGUUCAGCACAUGAUUGGGGCAAAUAAAGCAACUAAAAUUGCCUCACUGGUUUUAUUUGCUCUUCUUGGCAUUCCUCUUGCGGUCACAUACAGUGUUCCUUUCUCUGUCACUGCAGAGUUAACAGCUGAUGCUGGUGGAGGACAAGGCUUGGCCAUAGGAGUUCUCAACCUUGCCAUUGUCAUACCUCAGAUGAUAGUAUCGCUUGGUGCGGGUCCCUGGGAUGCUUUAUUUGGUGGAGGGAAUAUACCAGCGUUUGCCAUGGCAUCGGUAUUUGCACUCGCUGCAGGCAUCAUUGCAACUCUAAAGCUUCCAAACCUCUCAAGCUCUUAUAGAUCAACUGGCUUCCAUUUUGGGUGACUGUAUAUUAUGCACUAAGCUCCUUACAAGGUAUGGAUCUCUGACAGUAAAACCUGAAAUCCUUAGAUUUACUGAACAUGGAUUCCUCUACCCAUUCUUUUGAUUUUUUUUCUCCCCUGAAUUUGGGAAGGGUAUUAAAUACAUGUAGUGACAGGAUAGCUACCACUUCACAAAUUCUUUUUUGAAAAAUGAUUUGGCUUUGUAUAGUCCCAUACUGACUGGCAGAUACAUUGUCGUUCUUUUUUUCUUCCAACACAUAGACACUCAGAGUAUGUUAUGUUAUACUACGUAUAUAUAAAGUAGAUUAAUGAGGCAAUCUGUAUCUUAAAGGCGGUUCUGUGGUGCCUAGCUCUAUACUUUGUUGCUAUUGGAUGUAAACUUUCGUUUCUCUUUUUUAGUCCUUUUAGUAAUGCUAAAAAAAUUUGGAGUUUGAAUUUACUUAAAUUGCCAAA